UGUUUGGACAGGUGGUUGCGGACAGUCAGGGUCAGGCGAGCGAACGAGACGUGGGGGCCGGGUCCAGAGUCACGAGCGUGCAAAUAAGACCUGUGCAAAGGCUCCGGGCGACGGUGUGGCGCCCUGUGUCUCCUGUUUUGAUGGAACCUGGGAAUCCGAAACCACCAUUUUAGAAUCAGGCUGGAAACUGGCUACCUCCCGACUCCUCCACGUCCCAGCUAACGCCCCGCCCCACACACCGAAGGUCCGGAAACGGACGUGAUGGAUACGGAAGUAGCCUGCUGUUGCCGAGGGGACGGGACGGGCAGAUGCCAACAUGGCAGCGAUUGGGGUUGGUGGAUCUACCGCUGCGGCCGGGGCAGGGGCCGUGUCCGCGGGCGCGUUGGAGCCUGGGUCCACUACAGCGGCUCACCGGCGCCUCAAGUAUAUAUCCUUAGCUGUGCUGGUGGUCCAGAAUGCCUCCCUCAUCCUCAGCAUUCGCUAUGCUCGCACACUGCCUGGGGACCGCUUCUUUGCCACCACUGCCGUGGUCAUGGCCGAAGUGCUCAAAGGUCUCACCUGUCUCCUGCUGCUCUUCGCACAAAAGAGGGGUAAUGUGAAGCACCUGGUCCUCUUCCUCCACGAGGCUGUCCUGGUGCAAUAUGUGGACACACUCAAGCUCGCGGUGCCCUCUCUCAUCUAUACCUUGCAGAAUAACCUUCAGUAUGUUGCCAUCACCAACCUGCCAGCUGCCACUUUCCAGGUGACGUAUCAGCUGAAGAUCCUGACGACAGCGCUCUUCUCUGUGCUCAUGUUGAAUCGCAGCCUCUCCCGCCUGCAGUGGGCCUCCCUGCUGCUGCUCUUCACUGGUGUAGCCAUUGUCCAGGCACAGCAAGCUGGUGGCAGUGGCCCACGGCCACUGGAUCAGAACCCCGGGGCGGGCUUAGCAGCUGUCGUGGCCUCCUGUCUCUCCUCAGGCUUCGCCGGUGUCUACUUUGAGAAGAUCCUCAAAGGCAGCUCUGGUUCUGUGUGGCUGCGUAACCUACAGCUCGGCCUCUUUGGCACGGCGCUGGGCCUGGUGGGGCUCUGGUGGGCUGAGGGCACGGCCGUGGCCAGUCAAGGCUUCUUCUUCGGGUACACACCUGCUGUCUGGGGCGUAGUACUAAACCAAGCCUUCGGUGGCCUCCUGGUGGCUGUUGUUGUCAAGUAUGCUGACAACAUCCUCAAGGGCUUUGCCACCUCCCUGUCCAUUGUACUGUCCACCGUUGCCUCCAUCCGCCUCUUUGGCUUCCACCUGGACCCAUUAUUUGCCCUGGGCGCUGGGCUUGUCAUUGGUGCCGUCUACCUCUACAGCCUUCCCCGAGGUGCAGUCAAAGCCAUAGCCUCUGCCUCUGCCUCUGGGCCCUGCCUUCACCAGCAGCCUCCGGGGCAGCCACCUCCACCGCAGCUGUCUUCUCGAGGAGACCUCACCACGGAGCCCUUUCUGCCAAAGUUGCUCACCAAGGUGAAGGGGUCGUAGCUGCUGGAAUGGAAGACGCUGGCCUACCUUCGUUCUCCCUUCCUGCCCUGGCCCAGCUGGGACUAAACUCUUAUCAGUAUUAGGGGUAGGGUGAGGUAGACAUGGGAACUCCCUGUCCCCACCAACCCUGCCCCACAUAGGGCUGACAUGACUAACCUCUGUUAAUGGACACACCUCAAACUCCUGCUAUCUUUACAGUAUUUCUUAGGUGAGUUUCUGCAAAUAAAAUGUUUUGCACCAUG